AUGAAGGGCCGGCGGCGCUGGAGGUGGCGCUGGCAGCACCGGCGCUUCGCGCUGGGCUUGGCGCUCUACACGCUGCUGCUCCUGCUGCUGGUGUCCUACUUGCUGGACUACGGAGCCGGCGGGAGGGGGCGCGCGGGCGAGGAGCUGCUGCUGCCCCGCCGCUGCCCCAGCCUGGCGGAGGCGCUGGGGGACUGGGGCUGGGAAGAGCAGCGGCAGCAGCAGCAGCAGCCGCCGCCGCCCGCCGAAGCCGCGGCGGCCGGCCCGGACGCGGCGCCGAACGGGACGACGGGCGCGGCCGGGCCGGGCAGCCGCGCGGGGGGAAAGCGGCACAUUUACCUGCACGCCACCUGGCGCACCGGCUCGUCCUUCCUGGGCGAGCUCUUCAACCAGCACCCGGACGUGUUCUACCUGUACGAGCCCAUGUGGCACCUGUGGCAGGCGCUCUACCCGGGCGACGCGCUGAGCCUGCAGGGCGCGCUGCGGGACAUGAUGCGCUCGCUGUUCCGCUGCGACUUCUCCGUGCUGCGCCUGUACGCGUCGCCGCCCGGCCCCCGCGACCCGCUCGCGCUCUUCCCGGCCGCCGCGCCUGAGGGCAGCCCGCGCAACCUCAGCACGGCCAGCAUCUUCGGCUGGCGGACCAACAAGGUGAUCUGCUCGGCGCCGCUGUGCCCCGACGCGCCCCGGCCCCGCGCCGAGGUGGGCCUCGUCGACGGCGCCGCCUGCGAGCAGAGCUGCCCGCCCCGGGCGCUGCGGGAGCUGGAGGCCGAGUGCCGCAAGUACCCGGUGAUGGUGAUAAAGGACGUGAGGCUGCUGGAGCUGGGCGCGCUGCUGCCGCUGCUGCGCGACCCCGACCUGGACCUGCGCGUCGUCCAGCUCUUCCGCGACCCGCGCGCCGUGCACAACUCGCGCCUGAAGGCCAAGCAGUCGCUGCUCCGGGAGAGCAUCCAGGUGCUGCGGAGCCGCCACCGCGCCGAGCCCCGGGGACUCCUCCGUCGGCAGCUGCUGCUGCCGCCCGCAGCCGCGGCCCUGGCCGGCGUCGGCGGCGUCCGGGCGCACCAGCAGCACCGCGCGGAGUUCUUUCUGGGCGGCGCCCUCGAGGUGAUCUGCCAGGCCUGGCUGCGCGACCUGCUGCUGGCGCGGCGCGCCCCGGACUGGCUGCGCGCCCGCUACACGCAGCUGCGCUACGAGGACCUGGUGCUGGAGCCGCGCGCCACGCUGCGCCGCCUGCUGCGCUUCGCCGACCUGCCCUCGCCGGCCGCCCUCGAGGACUUCGUGCUCAACAUGACGCGCGGCGCCGCCUACUCCUCCGAGCGGCCCUUCCUCAUCUCCGCCCGCGACGCGCGCGAAGCCGUCCACGCCUGGCGGGAGCGCCUCAGCCGCGAGCAGGUGCGCCAGGUGGAGGCUGCCUGCGGCGAGGCCAUGGACCUCCUCGCGUACCCGCUCAGCGGCGAGGAGGGCGGCCGGCGCGAGGCCAUCGGGGGGCGCCCGAGCGCUCCUCCACGCCCAGGCUAAUUGGCUGGAAGCUGACAUAUCACACAGGGAAUGGAAAGGAGCUAUGCAUUCCAUAGACACUGGAAACAUCAGUCAAUUGCGAUGUCUACUGUAAAUCCUGCAUGGCAGCAGAAGAAAUGGACUAGCUUUAUGGAAAAGGACAUUAUAAAGAGAAUUUCCCAUAAGGAAAAUAACAUGGUGCAAUAUGACAACUGUGGCCCUCCACUUUUGAAGUGCUUUAUAUUUCAUCUUAAAUCUACCAGUAGUGUGUUGUCAAUUGUAAUGGUACUGCUUAUGACAAGACCUUUACACGCACACACACACACACACACUGUCAGUACUUGGACAAUCAUCUACUGUGUGAAGUGCAACACAAGUAUAAAUGUGUUUAGAACUCUUUCCACUUCCUGUUAAUGUCACAUGGAGGAAAAUUCAGCACAACACCGAGAUUCAAAGCUCACACUAUUAGUGGUAUAGGGUAAAUGGUUGAUGUGUUAGUAGUUAUGAAGAAAUUUACACACACUCUGUCCUUCCUUUUUCUCCUCUCUCCCAUUUGACUUUGUUUCUUAAAAUUAAGUUUAUCUGUAAUGAACAUGAUCUUAGCAGUAAUGUGACUCACCAAGUGAAAACUGCUGAUGAAAAGCUAGACACAGCAACUGUAAACCAUUUCUUUUUAUUAUAAAUGCUCAGGCUGCGACACAUCUGCUGAAACACAAAAUUCCCCAUCCAGCUUAUUUAAGAAAAAAAUACAGUAAUGGAGAAUAAGUAAAUUGAAUUUAAACUGACAUCCUGUUGACCAAUAACUGAACUGAAACUGGCCUUCAGAUGUCAGAAAGUCCACAAGGCAAAUCUAAAUUUGAGAAGAGGCUUUCAUUAUUCAAAGUAAAGCUACAUAUUCUGUAACUGAGGAUCCAUUUUUAAAAGUAACUUUUUCCUUUUAACGGAGGAUUAAUUGAUGAACAUGAGUUUGCCUGCUAAAUUCUCACCAGAGCACCUACUUGGGCUUUUAAGGUACCCAACCACAGAAGUGGUCUCCACUGACAGGUAAGUGUGGUCUUCUCAGGUUAUCUUACUCUGUUCCAGAAUUAGCAAGACAGUAGAUACUUCCAGACAGAAAUCUAGUAUUGCCAGUCAGAAGGGAUUAUGCACCUGUUCUGUCUUUUCCUCCAUAACAAAUUGUCUGUGAUAAGAAAAAGAUGGAAGAUGUGAUAUAUUUGCAAAUGGAAGAUGAUAUCUACCCUCUUCCCCAGUGAAUUGGUGAGAGCAGUGGUGUGACUGAAGUCUCAUCUAGCCUCAAAGUUUACAAAAUAGGUUAAAACCAGGACCAGCCUUUUAGGAUGUAUCAGAUGCUUUUCAGCUAGGUCUCCAAGCUGUGUGCCUAGCUUUUCACUUGAAUUGCAACAUGGUGACAGACUGCUAAUCUUUGCAGUCUUCUAGAACAAAUAUUCUUAACUGUGUUAACCACAGUCAAAUAUACCUCUAUUAUUGCAAACAAGGCACAGUCAUACUCAGACUUAGUUAGAAAUUGAGUGUAGAAAUAAGGCUGCAGCACUUGCUCUGUCUUAUGCUGUUGUUGAGUAGAGAUUACUCAGAAACGAGUGUAAGUAAGAUUGAAGCCAUAGACUUUCACCAUGGGAUGGUCUUUCUUUCUUUCUUUCUUUCUUUCUUUCUUUCUUUCUUUCUUUCUUUCUGUACUGUGGUAGGAUCAUUAUGGAACAAGUUCAUAUUUCAGUAAUUAACAAGUACAGACCUUAACCUAAUUUGACUAUAGAUCAAGCAGUGCUUGUUCUUUGAUGUUCAAUAGGCACCAAAUUCACCAACUAAAUACAGUGAAUCUCACAAAAUAAAACAGUGUACUAUUCCA